CAGAAUAACCCACAAAAUGACGACGGUUACUCAACUCGGGCCCAUGGCGGGCUAUCUGUCGGCACAAAUGGUUUUUCUAGUUCCGCUUCCAUGCCAUAAGAAGGUGCUCCCUGCCCACUUGUGAAUCCCCAGUCUGUCGCUUCUUCGUUCUUUAGAUCAGUAUGCAGUUUUUUACCUCCGCGUUGGCUGUCGCAGCCACAUUUUCAGUCGCCGAUGCCGCUAUCAAGGGCUUCAACUCCGGUAGCACGUUCAGCACCGGCGCAAACAAGCAGCAGGCCGACUUCGCCUAUGAGAUGAAGGCCGCGCAGCAGCUCCCCGGCACCAAUGGUGCCUGGACGAGCGUGCGCCUCUAUACCAUGAUCCAAGGUGGCACCACGGAUUCACCCAUCUCCGCCAUCCCCGCCGCCAUCGAGACAAAGUCCACGCUCCUCCUCGGCCUCUGGGCUUCCGAGACUUCCGAUGCUUUCCAGAACGAACUCAACGCCUUGAAGAAUGCGAUCAGCCAGUACGGCACCGCCUUCACGGACCUCGUCACUGGUAUCUCCGUCGGCAGCGAGGAUCUGUACCGUACCUCUACUGGUGAGGUUGGCGCCACCCCCGAGCAGGUCGUUGAUUUCAUCUCCAAGACGCGCGCUGUGAUCAAGGGCACCUCGCUCGAGGGCAAGCCCGUUGGCCACGUCGACACCUGGGACGCCUUCGUCAACGGUGCGAACAGCGCUGUCGUGUCCGCGUGCGACUUCCUCGGCAUGGACGCCUACCCGUACUACCAAGCUUCGACUGUGGGCGGAAACGGCAUCGGCAACGCGAACGCCACGUUCUGGAAGGCGUACACCGACACUGUCGGCGCUGCGCAGGGAAAGCCUGUUUGGAUUACUGAGACCGGGUGGCCCAUCGUCGGUGACACGAUUGGUGAGGCCGUUCCCGGCGCGGAGGACGCCCGCACCUUCUGGGAGGAGGCCGUAUGUCAUGCGCUGGCGACCGAUGUCAACAUGUACUACUUCCAGCUGCAGACAUCGCAGGGAGUGCAGGUGAACCCCGACUGGGGCAUCAAGGGUGCUGGCGAUAUCGUCAACGAGGCUGUGAGGUUCCAGGUUACGUGCUAGGGUGUGUAGACGCGAGUUCAUCCCGUCCAUACUGUCACACUAUGUAGAAUAGAUGAUGUGAGAAUAGACUAGAUGUACAAAUAACAUAUGACCAACCUAAACAAAGACACUACAUAUUUCCCAUUGCGCGCACAUACCUCCUA